AUGGCUUUCAACAACAGCGGCAACAACAACAACGAGCUAGAUCAGCUCCUGAUGCUCAUGCAAAAGCACAAACACCAGCACGGCCGUUUGGUGAUCCGAGCAUCCCGUGGACAGUCCAAUGAUGCUCUCGAUGAUGCUAUUCAUUUCGCCAAGAAUUUUUUGUUAGAUGUGACGGAGCUGCGAGGCGUUCCAACUCCGGCGUCGUCUCAGCCAUCACCUCUUGCGGCAUCGUUUCAGCCGUCACCGCUUCCGGCGUCGUCUCAGCCAUCACCUCCUCGUCAACAAGAACAGACCAGUCGUCGCAAUCGUCAGAAGCAUCAAUGCAAGCAAGAGCCGCAGGAUGUCAUUGUUUUGGACAUGGAGCGCGACGAGGAGCGUCAUUGUUCCGAGGAAGAGAACCGCCUUGAUGACAAACAGGCAUCAUCGACUGCCGUCGCGCCACCAAAAGACGACACAAGCAACGGCGGUGACAACAAUGACAAGCCUCUCGCGAAGCGCCGUCGCACGGCGGAUAUCAAAUUUGAUGACUUUUUGGCUGACAACAACAACCUCCGCCAUUCCAAAGGCGUGACCACGGCGGUCAUCAAUGACCAUUUGAGAGAUCUUGGCUUGAAAGCUCCGUUGAGCAAAUUUGGAAUCUCACGAGAUGGAGAGAAUGAUGUGGUGAUCCUUCAGUUCAAGAACGAGCGGACCAGCUUGCCAUUCCUGGAUGAAAAAACUGGACAGCUCACAAUUCUCUGGCAUAUCAAGCAAGGGAGCAGGGGCAAGGGAAUGAUUGAUUCGUUGGUCGACCCCAUCUCUGAAGCCAUUCCAGUCUUUUGGUACCAGAACCGAUACAAACAGCCCAGUGCAAACAGGGGCCAAGACCGGUACUAUGUUGGCCAUUUUGAGUGUGAAAAGAUUGCCGAACUGGAUCCCAAUACACACUCGCACUUGGGUGAACCCUGCCGGGCUCUUGUCACGUUGACAAUGACGAAAUUUGAUGAGGAAUUGAGGCAAAAGUUGGAUACGCUUUCCGAUGUGCAGCACUUGUUGAAUGGGCCAACCAAAAAAGGCGGAAAAGCUUCUGCUGAGAAAGAGUAA